GAAGAGAGAUGAUACAGAGGAAGAGAACAAAUAAAAGGUGGUGGAACAGAAGACUUACAGAGAGCAGUGAAAGAGAGAAGGACCUGAGCUCAGAGCGUAUUCGUAUAGGUGAGAGCAAAGAGAAAGUGGAUAUAUAUGUGAGAGAGAGCUUGUUUAUAUGAAAUCAGUUGUGGAAGUGAAGAGGUGGCACUGCGAGUUUGGCACCAUAACCAACGACUGACACGUUGUAAGUACAGGGGGUCAUGUUCUAUUACGAAUAAUAAAUACACCAACGCGCAAUCUUCUUGGUAUCUAUUUUCAAAUUUAGAUUUAACGACAAGUGAGCGGAACGAAGUAAGAAAUUACCAUUGCGUAGAGCAUGCACACCAAGUGUUCGACGUUUUGCCUCACCGAGAUUCUCACCUCUCUUAUUUCACCAUGUAUAAGAAACCCACGUUUUCUCGCUUUCACCAACUUCUCAGGACUUCUCAGCAAACAACCCCCUUGUGGGUCUUAGUAAGGCACAAACACAGUGGAGGACGAAGACCCAAGAAGAGAGUCUACCACAGAGACCCUGACCUUGACAAACCCAUGGACUUGCGGAAGAAGCCUGCCUUGAUUCUGGAGCUCAAGUCCAUUAUUCAGUCGCAGAAGCAGGGAUUGGUGCUUCUCAGGGACCUCGAGAAAGAAGUUGGGUUUGUUCAGAAGUGGAAUUUCAUGGCUGUUAUAGAGAGAAACCCUUCGAUAUUCUAUGUUGGUGGUGGGAAUAGAGUGCCCCCAUUUGUUCAGCUCACUGAAAAAGCCGAAAGGGUUGCGAGGGAAGAAGCUGAAGCGAAUCAGUUGAUGGAACCCAUUUUGGUUAGGAACCUAAGGAAGUUGUUAAUGUUGUCGGUUGAUUGCAGGGUUCCACUUGAGUCGAUUGAGUUUGUUCAAUGUGAGCUGGGUUUGCCGGAUGAUUUCAAGAAGUCAUUGAUUCCAAAGUACCCUGAAUUUUUUUCGGUUAAGGAUGUGAGUGGGAGAGCCUAUCUUCAUUUGGAGAAUUGGGAUUCUUCCCUAGCAGCCACAGCGCGUGAGGAACGAUUAGCUAGUGAUGGGAUUGCAGCCUCUGAUGGAGUGGGAAAGAAUUUUAGAAUAUCGAAGGAUGGUAAUUUUCGAGGUCCACAAGCGUUUAGAAUGAAGUUUCCUGCUGGUUUUAGGCCAAAUGCAAGUUAUCUUGAGCAACUUGAAAAGUGGCAGAAACUCGAAUUCCCUUCUCCGUAUUUGAAUGCAAGGAGGUUUGACAUUGCUGAUACUAGAGCAAGGAAGCGAGUAGUGGCAGUGCUUCAUGAGCUACUGAGUUUGACUAUGGAGAAGAGGAUGACAUCUGCGCAAAUGGAGGCAUUUCAUUCAGAGUAUUUCUUACCUUCUAGAUUGCUGCUUUGUUUGAUAAAACAUAAUGGUAUCUUUUACAUAACUAAUAAAGGUGCAAGGAGUACUGUUUUUCUUAAAGAAGCUUAUGAUGGAUCAAAUUUGAUGAACAAGUGCCCCCUCUUGUUAUUCAAUGAUAAAUUUGCAGGACUUAGUGGUAAGAGAGAGAUCAAUUCAUGUAAUGUGAUGCCUUCGUUAUAGAUUUAUCUUGAAAGUGUAGACGUGCUUUUUUGUUAGUAAUCAAUCAUGUAUUGCUAUAUUCCUUACAGAUUCUGGAAAUUGUUGAAUUUUU